CGUCAGCAUCUCCCUUUGAUGAAGAUCUUUGGUAGCUUGAACAUAUGCGCUUGACAACAAGACGACAGCUAGCUAGCAAGUCAUGUCUUCCUGAAACAAGUACAUUACAUUACAAAUACAGACUACGGUGACUUUUUGCGAAGUUUAGCUACUAGAACAGUGGGCUAGGCGUACCCUAACACCACGACAGGCCGAAUAUACCAGCUUGUAAUGUCUAACAAUCCUAGAAAGUAACGUUAUUAUAAGCCGACUCCUGAGAUAGUUUGUAACAGUGGAGCUAAAAGUCAGUAUUGGGGGUGAUGAGUUGGUUAUGAGCGAUGGAGGACAAUCAAUGUGGGGACCUGGACUACCUCAUCCAAGAUGAAGAUACUUUCAUAGAAGGUGUCAGCAACCAAGUUUUGUUCGUGGUGGUGCUCACCAUCACCUUCCUGGCAGGGAUCCUCGCGCUGCUCUGCAGGGAAGACCAUCAGAACAUUCAUCCAGAGAAUCAGGAGCAUGUUCGAGCUGUUCGACAGCAGCUGCAAACGGAACAGGAGGAAAAUCCUCAGCCGGAAACAAGGCAGCAGUAUUACACGGACAUGUCUUGCCCUGUGUGUUUACAACAGGCUGUCCUGCCUGUCGAAACUAAUUGUGGUCAUCUUUUCUGUGGGUCAUGUAUUAUAGCCUACUGGAGGUAUGGCACCUGGUUGGGUGCCAUUAAGUGUCCCAUAUGCAGACAAAUGGUAACGCUGCUCUUCCCGCUUUUUCAUCAGCACACCACGCCUCAGAGGGUCCAGGAUGGUACAGCGGUACCUCAGCUGAUCUUAAGAGACAUCAACGAUUACAACCGACGCUUCUCAGAUCAGCCGAGAUCUUUAAUGGACCGCCUGCGAGACGUGCCAACCCUCCUCCGCCAUGCCUUCAGGGAGAUGUUCUCCAUGGGCGGCCUCUUCUGGAUGUUCCGCAUUCGAAUUAUCCUCUGCCUGGUUGGCGCCCUCACCUACCUGGCCUCGCCCCUAGACAUCCUGCCCGAGGCGCUUUUCGGCCUGCUGGGAUUCAUGGACGACUUCUUUGUCAUCCUCCUCUUCUUUAUUUACAUCUCAAUCAUGUACCGGGAGGUGGUGACGCAGAGACUGAACGGCUAGGUCAAUGAGACACACGAAGCCUGCUUUCUUCACGCUCCAAGAUCGUUUAAGAAGGUGUAUAUAAAUUACCGAACUUGAUCAAUACUUUUGGUCCGCUCCAUGGGCUUAGAGAAAGUUGGCACUAAGAAUAUUUGAUAGGCUCACACGACGCAAUUCAACCAACACAUGGAGGGAACACCAUUGCUUAAAGUGAUCAUAUUUCCUCUGUGUCCAAGGUUGUUAACUUACAUAACUUCAGAGAGUGCCAGGUGUGUAUUAUAGGUGGAAGGUCUUUAUUUGUACAAAUAGCGUCUGCAUAUUUGUGUUCGCUUUCCCCCACCUUUAAUUAUAUCUUAGUGAAAUGAUGUACAGUGUCAGUCAUUACGAUUAAUAGAGAAAGUGUAACACUCUUUUGACUGCCACUGUAUAGUACAGUAAACAUUGUUAUAUUAUUAUACUGGCAUAUUGUAAUGAUUUAGCAGUGUCCUAAACUCAAUUGUAUUUGUACAAAUGGGUCAAAAUGAAUGACUCGAGACUACCACUGUUUUAAUUUGGUCUACAGUGGCUAUUGGAUGACAGAGUAAAGCUAAACUGUUUCACAUUAUAAAGGAGCAACAAAGAGGCGUUUAUUAAAGAUGAGGUGAUAAUUCGUCAAAAUAA